AUGCUGGCGACUGGGGGCUGGCAUCUGGGUCGCUUCCCCUCGAGUGGCUCCACAGCAGAAGCGGCUGCCGGUGACAGGAAGAGCAGCGGCCGAGCGUGUUCGCACUGCCUCCCCCUCCCGGGCACACGGGGACCCACCGCCGCCACCUACCUCCGGAGCGGCUCGCUUCCUUCCUCUGCCUGGCCUGGGCUUCGGCGGCCUCUCAAGCUCGCAGCUCACAGGCGCCUGCGAUCCAACCGCGACCCGCCGGCGCUCCGCUGUCCAGGUUCUUUGGUUGCACAGCCGUCCUCGCCGUGGCCGCUGCUUCCUCCAACUCGGCUCCAGCUGCUCGCUACUCCUGGCCGUGCACCCUCGGCUCCAGCGCCUGGCGCCAGCCCCGCCCCGGACCCGCCCCACCGCCCCGCCCCCAAACACACACCAAUCAGCGCCCGAGACCCCGCCCCCAGAACCCGAGCCGCGCCCUCCGCCUCUACCAGUCUCCGGGCGGGCGACCAGGGUCCGGCCGCACUCGGUGCCUACCGUCCCUACCCCCAAUCCCCUCCCCCGCCGCCCUCGCCUCCGCCCCCGGCACGGGGACGUCCCAGGCGACCGGACGGCGGGCGGUCCCCGCUGCGGAGCUCUACUUCUGCGCGUUUGGGGCUGGUUCGUCUGCGGGGCGUCUCCCGGGCCCGACAGGGAGUGGAGGUGGGGACCCAGGGGAAGGUAGAAGAUAAGUUCUGGCCUCCUGGAAUCCGGCUUGCUACCUGCUCUCUUCGAGACCCUGCGCCUUUCGAACACACUAGAGUUUCAGAAGCAGUGGCUAGGGUCAGGAGGACGCAGAUGCCAAGGCUCACCAAAGAAGGGAGGCCCUGUAAUUCCUGGCCUCGCCAGCACAGCUUCCCUAGUGGUCAGAAAAACCGCGCCACCCGGCGUGGCACUCCUGGGGUGAAGGAGGGGUGAAAGGGUGAGCCUGAGCAAGGAGUGCCCGCAGCCUGCGGCCGCCUGCAAAACCCUGGCACCGCUGCCUCCGGGGCCAGGCGGGACCUAGGAGAAAAGAAGAGUUCUGCGAGGAGGGAUCUCUGGCGGUCCUUGGACCCGCAGGCCCUAAGUAGGUCAUUCAGAUAGCCCACCGCCCUCUAAUGCUUCUGACAGGCUGCAACUCAAAUGAAUGCUAUGGUUUCUAAAAUUACACAGCCUGCAUAGCAACCUGAAAACCUCCUCGUUCACCGUAAUCCCUUCCUGAGUCUAGGGAAACUUGGAUGCAGGAUGAUUCGCUGCAAGAUUGCUAUUUCUCCGGCUGCUGUUUUGGAAAGGGGGUCUCACUGUGUAGCCCAGGCUGGCC